AUGCCUCUGUCUCUCGUUUGGGCCGCUCUCGCGCUGGUGUCUGUUGUGCCCGCUCUCGCAGCACCUACGGGCAACCUUGUCAAGCGCGCGACUCUCCCUGCUUACGCGUUGACCUACGCACCCUACACUUACCUUCAAAGUGGUGAAGGAUGGUUUCCCUCCGAUGUUGCCACUCACGUCAAGCACAUGUCUGUCGAGUACAACUUCAAGAACGUGUCUACAUCUGUCUCGCUCAAGACACUGAACACCUUCAACUCAUCCACCUUCCUCACCAGCUAUGAUAACGUCGAGACCAAUCCUGCUUGGCUGACGAGCACGUAUGGCAAGCCCAACGCCAAGGGCUACAGUGCUGCCCCUGCUACCAUCAUCGCUGUUGAGAAGAAUGGCUUUGUGGAUGUAUUCUACUUUUACUUCUACAGCUACAAUCAUGGCAGUCUUGUUCUAGGAAGCAGAGUCGACAAUCAUGUUGGAGACUGGGAACACAGCAUGAUUCGUUUCUCUACUGCGGGUGUUCCUCAAAAUGUCUACUACUCUGCUCACAGCGGAGGCACUGCAUACACCUAUGCAGCUGUUCAAAAGGUUGGCGUUCGUCCGGUUGUCUACUCUGCUGCUGGUAGCCAUGCGAACUACGCUACAGCCGGCACCCAGAAGAUCUACCCUAUUGUCGGCAACAUCGUCACCGACACAACCGAUGCCGGUCCUUAUUGGGAUGUUGCACAGAACUAUCGUGGAUAUAAUUAUGAUCCUGCCAGCAACACAGUCACCAAUGCUGGUGGAGCGGACAUCGGCGGUACCGAGCAGGCGACUGAAACUGUGGAUUGGCUCUACUGGAGCGGCAUGUGGGGCGACGAGCAGUAUCCCGACAGCGACAAGAGACAAAGCUGUACUCUUGGUAUUAACGAUUUGUGCCACUACCAGAGUGGUCCGACUGGACCUCUGACCAAGAACCUUGGUCGCACGGCUGUCUGCCAAAAGGAGGACGGCUGCACGGUCAAGACCAAGCUCUAA